AUGGCCGACCCUGCUUCGACAAAAGAACGAAGAAAGAGUUUAAGCGUCUUCAGUCCCUCGUCGGCGGCUUCCGCCCCUCUUGUCCGACCUACCCUCCAUGAUCGCGCUCCCUCCGAUGAUGCGCUAUCACGAGAUAAGAAAGGUCGCCGCAACUCAGGCUUCUUUGGUCGGUCCCAAAGCCCCAACCGAUGGUCCAGCGGGCCUCAUGCCGCUCUUCGCCCCAGCACCGCCGGCUCGGAUACUGCUGCCCGGUCUAUGGCAUCCGCAUCAACCCCUGUGCUUGCUGUCCCUCGCCCGCGCCGGAAGUCCCUGCAGAAGAAACGAACCUCGGUAUUCGGCUCUUUGAAGUCUCUGCAUUCUUGGGAGGAUGACGACCCACUCAGUGCCUCUGUCGGCUCCCUAGGAGAUGACCAAAGCGUGACCAGUCCCCGAAAUGGGAUCUGGUCCGCCGCUAUCCUCCAUCAUGGGGCAAUUCAGAUGACUGGCGGUAUGUGGAGGAAAAAGAGCCAGUACCUGGUCCUCACCGACACGCACCUUAUUCGCUUCAAGAACCAGGCCAAAGCCGCCGAUGCAUUUCCCUCAAUACCGUCUUCUUAUAGUCGCCCAACCGCAUCGAAUCGUCAAUCCGUGGCUUCCAUCAGUUCGUUGCAGGACGUGCAGAUGAUCGCGUUGGGUGAUGCGUCUGUGGGGAUUCCAUUGAAUAGCAUCAUUGCGGUCUACAUGCUAGAGGACGGUCGAUUAUCACCCACGGUCGAGGUAGCCUAUCUGGAUGAACGCACGCAUAAAGCUGCUUUGGUUCAGAUGCAAACUCCCGACCUCCAGGAGUUGAACCUUUGGAUGGUGGGGAUUCGCCAGGCCGCGCAGAUUGCCCGGUCAAAUGAGCCGCUGCCAUUCAACCGAUCUUCGGUAGAGUAUGUAACGCGGAUGUUGGAACAUGAACGAGACUACGAACCAGACGCAUUCCGCAUGUUUCGGGUUAUCCAAAUCGCAUCCAGCAAGUCGCCAAACCGUUCUUCCUCUGACGACCUCACCAAGUUAUCGCCCACGGGAUGUUACCUUGCAAUUGGAUCACAUAAACUUCACCUGAUUCCCAUGCAAAAGGCCGCCAAUCGAUCAUCAGUGGUGUCUUUCUCCGACUUGGAAACCGCCGCUUCCUUCGGUCUCAUGAACUUGACUGGCCUAUCUAUGGAAUACGGUGAUGAUAGCCUCCAUCUGACUUUCCGCGUGCCAUUACGGAAGUCGUUUAAUGUGUUCCUGGCCUCGGUUCAUUCGGUUGAAGUCGCUUGCUGGAUCCGACAGCACACUGAAUUUUUGCGUCCACUGUGGACUAGGCAGCCCUAUGAUUUUGUUGUUCCACGCGAGCUGCACAACGACGACAACUUCCCGCCUGUCGCUUUGGAUGAGGAUUAUGGUUGCUUCGACCGAACGUUGGUCGCUUACUCCGCUAGCUACGAUAUCGACACCUCGAACAUUCGAUACACCAUCGACUUGGCAUGCGAGGAUGCCCCGUGCUUCCGUCUAUUACGGCCAGCCUCUUCGAAAAACCAUCGGUACAGUGCUCUGGAGCUCAUUGCGGUCAUGCGCACGCUUCGUUACAAUGAAUUUUUCCGGUCGAUCUCGUUUCGUGGCGUCAACCUUGACGCGUUGCAAGGUAUCCGUGAUGUGCAAGGGGUAGAUGUAGAUGUACAUCUCGACCGAGGAGGCUGCUUGGUGCAAAUCCCAGGCCAGGAAAUCCUGUCUGUCCUUUCGCAGGAGGUGCGUGCCUUGGCCCUGAAGAGCAAAUGGCUGCGUCGGCUUGACUUUUCUUACUGCCUUACCCGCACGCCGACUUUGGACAAAGGCAGCCGAGAUCCUGGUUGUGGAAUUCCAGAGGCUAUCUUCCCUGUUUGUCGUCGGGAGAUGACGAGCGUGGACUGGGUGGUGCUCAAUGGAAUCAAGCUGGGCGAUUCCGAUCUGGAUUACCUGGUGGAUGCGGCAUCACAGCAGCGGAGUCACUUGAGGGCUCUAGAGGUUGGGGAUUGCGGGUUGUCCGUGCAUGAUUUGGACCUCUUGUUGUCAACUAUUGUCACGCAAGAAUCGACGCUCGAAGCGAUCAAUAUCUCGGGCGUGCAGGGCCGCUUGAAUCCCGACGUGCUGCAGCAGUACAUUGGGUAUUUUGGCCAGAUCCGGAGGAUCAAUUUGUCUCGUAUUGCCCGAACAUCGGGCACUGAGCCGCUCAUCACUGCAGAGAUGCUGUUCAACUGGCGACUCGAGGAGCUUGCUCUAAGUCGGACAGCUGUCAAUCGUGAGACUGUGGAUGCCAUAGCCACCUACCUCGCCAGUGAUCGCUCCCAGAACUUGCGCGUUCUUCGGCUCGACCAGUGCGGCUUGACUGGAGAAGAUGUGGCCAUGUUCAUGCACUCAAUGUCCAUUGGACCCGACACCCCACGCGGCCUUCAUCUCCACGUCAAUGAAAACCGACUUGACGAUGGCUGCUCGUUCAUCUUCAAGGCUAUCGCCAAAAACCAUGCCCCCUCGCAUUUGUCCAUGCGGAUGAUUGAUUUCAAAAAGGAAGAGCACUUUCGCGAACUGGUGGAGGCGCUUCGCAAAAACCGCACUCUUCGAUACCUGGACAUUUCCAAGGCUUCGCUCCCGUAUGACGCCGGCCCUGAGACUUGCCGGUCGUUGCAGUUGAUGUUUGAAGAUAACGAAACGCUGGAGGCUUUGGAUAUCAGUGGCGAAAAUGCGCACUUGGAUGUUGCCCGGUUUGGAAUCGGCCUCAAUUUGGCGUUGACCGGCUUGAAGUUGAACAAGUCUCUGAAAGUGCUGAGGAUCGAGCACCAGAAGCUUGGUCUCCAAGGCGCGAAUACAUUGGCGUCUGUGCUAGAGGAAAAUGACUCGCUGCGCGAAGUGCACUGUGAGAACAACGACAUCAACCUGCAGUCCCUCACGGUCUUGGUCAAUGGCCUCCAGUCCAACCGGACUUUGCUCAGCCUCUCCUGCAUGGACCGGGACCGGAUCCAGUCUCUUGAUAAGGUGCGUCGAGAGGUUGAUAAUGUUAAAGCGGAGACUGGGAAUGCCCAAACUUCCACGGCAAACUCCAUCCGCCGCUCCUUGCAUGUUGCUAUGAACGUUGGACACAACACAGUUGGACACCGGCUGAGUAAAGCUCCGCCGGCGAACACCGCAUCGUCUCUGGAAGCUUCGCCAUUCACUGCUCAUAAUGUAGAGUUGGUUCUCCAGUCCCUGAACCAGAAAUGGGACAUGGAGGUUUCCCGACUUCAGCGCUAUCUUCUUCGCAACUACAACCUCUUCCAUGGGAUUGCAGAGGACGAUGAGGAUGAUGCGGCUAGUGAUGGCCGACCUGACACAGCAGCGAGUCUCGGCACGAUGCUCGACAAUCUCAAGUUUGAUGUGGCUGUUUCGACGGAUGAAAUCCGCGCCUCCCCACCAGAGAAGACUGCAACGGCAAUUCAAGUCCCCAAAGCGUCGCCUCCUGACAACCAGUCGCAACUGCAACUGCAGCCCCAGCUCCCGCCCCAGUCUAAAUUCAAGUCUAGCACCACCCGGAUGAAGAGCGUACCUGACCUGCGUCCCCACGUCGCUCGUGCACCACAGAUCCUCCCAUCUGAAUAUGACUCGUCCAGUUCUUCAUCUGCACGCCUGCCUCUCCCUGUCCCGGCUGUGCCUGCGGUUGUCACCAAGGCAAAUAGUGUGCGCAGCGCUCGCAGUUCGAGUACCGUGUCCACUGGGAACGGCAGUGCACGCAGUACAUAUGACGUGGCUUCAUCCACUUUGAGAGGAUUCUUGAGUGGCACCGCGCUCAAGGAGCGUCGACGCAUGGACCCGGUGCGUCCAUCGCCUCUUUGUGUUUCAAACGACAAGCCACCCCAGCUGGACUGGUCGCCGCCGAAACUGGAUUUGCAGGAGCUGCAGUAA